AUGCGUUUGAGUGCUCAGAAAGACGCCGGUGACAAUCCUGCCAUGGCUGCAAGGAGCGGCGGGGACUCACUGCGGACUCCUGCAAACUGUGGGGUGAGAUUGCAUGCCAACAAUGUUACUGCGGGUUUACCUAGCACUAGCAGUGCCCAGAACAAUAAUCCAUUUGCAAAGCGCAAGGUGGACAAGUUCGAUAUGUCUAACCUAGAGUGGAUAGACAACAUACCAGAGUGCCCUGUGUAUUGUCCCACCAAGGAGGAAUUCGAGGAUCCCAUUGCGUAUAUACAGAAAAUUUCCCCGGUGGCUUCAAAAUACGGCAUUUGCAAAAUCGUGGCACCUGUAAGCGCUUCUGUGCCCGCUGGUGUCGUGCUGAUGAAGGAACAACCUGGUUUUAAGUUCAUGACCAGGGUUCAGCCGCUUCGUCUUGCUGAAUGGGCUGAAGACGAUACAGUCACUUUCUUUAUGAGUGGACGAAAGUACACUUUCAGAGACUACGAGAGAAUGGCCAACAAAGUGUUCUCUAAGAAGUAUUCCAGUGCUAGUUGUCUCCCUGCUAGGUACGUGGAGGAGGAGUUCUGGCGUGAAAUCUCUUCUGGAAAGAUGGAUUUUGUUGAAUAUGCUUGUGAUGUUGAUGGGAGUGCCUUCUCUUCUUCUUCUCACGAUCAGCUUGGGAAAAGCAACUGGAACCUCAAGAAUUUUUCACGGCUCCCCAGUUCUGUGCUGAGACUUCUGCAGACGCCAAUUCCGGUAUGUAAUCUAUUCCUUGCUUAUUUAUGUUUUAGUAUAUUCUUAAUAUGGAUUCGUCGUGAUUGUAAUUACUCUGAUCCAAAACAGGGAGUAACAGAUCCAAUGCUUUAUAUCGGUAUGCUCUUUAGCAUGUUUGCAUGGCAUGUCGAAGAUCACUAUUUGUACAGCAUCAAUUAUCAUCAUUGUGGGGCAUUUAAGACAUGGUAUGGGAUACCAGGCGAUGCUGCUCCUGGAUUUGAAAGGGUGGCAAGCCAGUAUGUGUACAACAAGGAUAUUUUGACUGGUGAUGGAGAGGAUGCAGCUUUUGAUGUUCUGUUAGGGAAGACAACAAUGUUCCCCCCAAAUAUCUUGUUAGACCACAAUGUUCCUGUUUAUAAAGCUGUGCAGAAGCCUGGAGAGUUUGUUAUAACAUUCCCUCGUUCGUACCAUUCAGGUUUCAGCCACGGCUUCAAUUGUGGAGAGGCUGUCAAUUUUGCUAUUGGCGACUGGUUUCCUCUGGGCUCUCUGGCUAGCAAACGCUACGCACUUCUGAACAGAACACCCUUUCUUGCACACGAGGAGCUACUUUGCCGUUCUGCAAUGCUUCUGUCCCACAAACUGAGUGAUCCAGAAACAAUUAAUUCUGAACAUCCAUACACUCAAUAUUGUGUGAAGUCUUCCUUUGUGAGGUUGAUGCGACUGCAGCGGCGCACACGCAGCUUACUCGCUAAAAUGGGUUCUCAGAUAUACUACAAGCCAAAAAUGUAUUCGAACCUAUCCUGUAGCAUGUGCCGGCGUGAUUGCUACGUUACACAUGUGUCAUGCGGAUGCACCUUUGAUCCUAUCUGCCUUCAUCAUGAACAAGAACUGCGGAGCUGCUCUUGUAAAUCUGACCGGAUUGUCUACGUCAGAGAGGACAUACUGGAGUUAGAGGCUCUAUAUAGAAAAUUCGAGCAGGAUAUUCGCCUGGAUAAGGAAACAAGUGCUAAUGUCUCUUAUAAGCAAGCUGCGAUUUCUGAUAUUGGUGAUGAUCAUGGUCGAUCAGUUGGGGCUAACCAGGACAUCAGCAACAGUGAAGCAAACUUGCUAGAAGCAAAUGCUGCUGACGGUGGAAAGUGUUCUCCUGCGACUUCAUCGUUGACGUCUUUUGCACAUCGUGACGGGUCUUUGCCUGCAGAACCAAAGUUCCAUGCAGCUCGAACUGACCAAAUUUGGCCAAUUACUAAGCAGUUCAUAAAAACAUCAUCAGUGGAAGGGAAUGGUCCGUUGGAUGGCAAUUCAUCCUGCAUGGCUGAUGCUUGCAAUGAAAUUAGUUCCUGCAAUGCUUCACCCAUGGAAUACAGUGGCAAUUCUGAUUCUGAUACUGAAAUUUUCCGAGUCAAGCGCAGGUCCAGCAUAUUAGGAAGAUCUGCUCCUGACACGAAGACAACAAACAUGUCUGAACAGAAGGUUCUGAAGCGGCUGAAGAAGGCAUCCCCAGAAACACAACAUGACAAUAAGCGACCUGAAGAAGACUCUGAGCGUACUUCAGUUCCCUCAGUUAGUAUGAGGCACAAUAAGUCAAAUUCUGCCUCUUCUGAGGAAGAUAGAGAGGAUAUGGUUCCCAUUGCCUGGAGGAUGAAGCGGCGGCAGCUGGAAGCUCAACAAGGCGAUACCAGUUAUGCGGCGCAGCAGUCGAAUGUGUAUCCAUCUACCAGCAGCUGUUCCCGGCAGCAGUUUGCGGAGGCAACUAAAGACGCAGCCGCCUCAGAGGUCCGGCCGAAGCGGGUGAAGAUCCGGUUGCCUCGUAGCACGAACAGGCUGGUCGAGCAGCAGCAGCAGGGCAGUUCAGGCCAGAGAUUUGCAGUGGAUGACAAGCCGCCUGGGUUUUGGCAUACGGUUUAG